UGAAGUAGCUCAAACUUUUAUCUUUCAUUUGUAUGGGGUUUUACUUUUACCGUCUUUUGUUGAUGCCUGCUGAUGAGGAAAUAUCUGAAAAUAAAGUAUUAAAUCGAGGUAGGGAAUCAAUGGCGUGGAGAGGAAAUCUUUCAAAGAACAUAAGGGAGCUUCGGUUUUUGAUGUGCCAGUCAUCACCUGCAAGGACAUUUGUGGAAAAGAAUUAUAAGGAACUGAAGACAUUGAACCCAAAAUUGCCAAUACUGAUCCGCGAAUGCAGUGGAGCUGAACCCCAAUUAUGGGCAAGAUUUGACUUUGGUGUUGAGAAAGGCAUCAAAUUGGAAGGCUUGUCUGAGGCACAGAUCUCCAAGGCACUUGAAGAUCUGGUGAAAGCCGGAGAGAUUUUGAAAGCUUGAUAUUGCUACUUCUGAACUGUUUGGAAUGGACUAAUGCUCUCAUGCUAUACUU